AUGGGGUCGAGCAUGGCGCUGGCGCUGGCGGGCUUCUGCUUCAGCGUGCUCUUCAUCGUCUUCGUCUGCACGCGCCUGGCCUGCGCGCUCCUCCGCCGCCGCCGCCGCCGCGGGGCCCGCUCCCACCGCGCCGCCCCCGCGCUCCCGCAGCACUACGCCCACGACUACUACGCCGACCCCGACCCGUUCCCGUUCCACGCCGCCGCCGCGGCCGCCUCCCCCGGCCUCGAUCCCGCCGCCGUCGCCGCCUUCCCCACCCGCGCCUACAACGCCGCAGCAGCACGCGCCUCCGAAUCCGACGACGAUUUCCAUUCGCCGGUCGCCACUAGGGACUACGAUGGAGGGGAUUGCAGUUGGAGGCUCGCCCGAUCGCGCACGUUUCUGCCGGCAGGAUUCGUUGGUGGUUUGCGGAUCGGGAUGCCGCAACUAGCAACACAGGCUCGUAGCGGCGAGGCCGGCCGGCCCUCGGAGGUGUGGGGGAAUGAAAGGAGGGCCGGGUCCACCGCCGGGGAUCUGUUCCGGGGUGGAAGGAAGGAAUCGGAUUGGAAAUGGGGUGCCCUGGAACAUCUCCGUGUCGCUGUCAGUGCUUACUUGGGUUCUUCUGGAUAUAUUCGCUGUCAUGUUCGUUUGGUGUUCUCUCAGAGAGUACAGGUCUAG